CGUCGUUCAUAAUAAAUUGAAAAGUUAAAGCGCCAAUGUGUUAAUUGUUGUCGCCUUCGGUUAGUGGCUAUUGGCUAUUUCUAAUUGAUACACAAGCAUUAUUCAUUCAAUCAGCACAAUUUAAGCAUUUGUUUGAUGACGUCCGUGGGGGAACGACCCCUGCCCCAUUGUGCAAAGGUAGCACAAAUUGCGGUGUGCUACUAAAUGUUUACGCUGGCAAAUAAAAACAAUUGAUAAGGCCAUUGCACACAGUAGUGGUGCGUUGUAUUUGAUUCGGGAGUGCGGCUAAGGUGUUUGGCAUGGCAUUAGUGCAUUAGUCACCUGGCUGUGAAGCACAAGGUUUCAGUGAAAACGUGGCAAACGUAAGCUCAAUGCAAUUGCCAAAGGGGCAAUAAGAAAGCACUCAAGCCAGACGAAAGAUUGCACUACAAGGAGGCCCAAUAUUGAGACGGAGGCGCGUCGCAAGUUGAAGAACUGUUGCUUAGCCGUGGACUAUAAACAAAGGAAACAGCAAUUAAAGCUUAGCCAAAAAUAGAGACGGAACAACAAACGAACACUCGCACGCACACCUGUGUAAUCCAAAGCUCUCUUUUAUACACUCACACGGAGAGCGAUAGAGAGCAGCGCUCUUACUUACGCCAUGACUGAUAACGAGCUAACGCUACGUGACUUUGACGGAGAGAGCGAAGAGACUGAUUCCGAAACAGAAUUGCUCAUACGCCACACUAACAGCAGCGGCGGCGGCGGAGGUGGGAGCGACGCUGCCAGUAGAAACAAACACAGCAACAACAACAAUAGCCAAACAAGGCGAAAAAGCUCAACUGGUUACAGCGGCAUUGGCAGCAUUUCUAGCCCCUCUCGCAUCGGCGGCGACAGCGCUAGCGGCAGCAACAACAGCUUUCUGGGCAAUUUAUUUAGUCUUGGCUCAGCCGCCGGCCAGAUACGUUAUAGAAAUGAGUCGCGAAGUCGCGAGCGCGCCAAAUACUCAAUUAGCAAUAGCGGCAGUAGUGCAACGCGUGAUAUUACGGAAAGCGGCAGCAGUGCCACGAAACUGGCGCAACUAACACAAGCGAGCGCCAGCGGCGCCAAUGAUAAUUCCGGUGCGACACGCGCACACGUGUCCGGUGAUCUGAGUGCAGCCAACGGCAUUGGCGCCCACACAGUGGUCGAUCCCGAGAACGGCACCUCCACAGUCUUUUACCAGAACAACAGACGGCGCAGCAAAAGUCGCAGCCUAAGCAAUGUGUGCAAGAUGUGUUUAUGCAGCUGCUGGAAGAAAUGGUUCAGUCCACGCGAGCUUCGGGCUCGCACCGUAAAUCUGGGGCGCCCGAAUACGGAGAAGUUUCCUCCAAACGAGAUUCGCAACCAAAAGUACAACUUCAUCACCUUUUUGCCGCUCGUGCUCUUCGAGCAGUUUCGCUUCUUUCUCAAUUUGUACUUUCUGCUGAUGGCCCUGUCGCAGUUUAUACCAGACAUACGCAUAGGUUAUCCUUAUACCUACUGGGGACCACUGGGCUUUGUGUUAAUGGUGACCAUUUGUCGUGAGGCUGUGGACGAUUUGCGUCGCCAUCAGCGAGAUCACGAGGUCAACUCGCAAAAGUACAAACGUCUGUCGGCAACUAAUGGCAAUGGCUAUGAGAUGGUGCCCAGCUCCAAGCUUAAAGUGGGCGAUGUCAUUAUUGUGGAAAAGAACGAACGCGUGCCAGCAGAUUUGAUUUUGUUGCGCACCAGCGAUCGCAGCGGUUCGGUAUUUGUACGCACAGAUCAGCUGGAUGGUGAAACAGACUGGAAGCCACGCCUGGCAGUGCCCUAUACGCAAAAGCUAAGCCGCGAUGCGGAACUGCACAGCAUCGAUGCAAGCUUCUAUGUUGAGAAGCCACAGAACGAUAUACACAGCUUCAUAGCAACUUUUUGCGUAACCGACGGCAGCGAGGACACGGGUUUGAGCGUUGAAAAUACGCUGUGGGCUAAUACAGUAGUCGCUGCCGGCACAGCUACAGGCAUUGUCAUCUAUACGGGCUGUGAGACGCGCAGUGUCAUGAACAAUUCACAGCCGCGCUCCAAGGUGGGUCUGCUGGACACUGAGAUCAAUGGACUGACUAAGGUUCUAUUUUGUGCCGUGUUGGGCCUUUCUUUGGUCAUGAUGAUGCUUAAGGGCUUUGGUGGUCCCUGGUAUCGUUAUAUGUUCCGCUUUGUGCUGCUCUUCUCCUACAUCAUACCAAUCAGUCUGCGUGUGAAUCUGGACAUGGGCAAAGCCUUUUACUCCUGGCAAAUGCAGAAUGAUGACAAUAUUAAGGGCACAGUCGUGCGCUCCACAACCAUACCCGAGGAACUGGGACGCAUCUCCUACGUACUUACGGACAAAACGGGCACGCUUACUCAAAAUGAAAUGGUGUUCAAGAAAAUACAUUUGGGCAUAGUGUCACACGAUGCGGACACGUUCCAUCAUAUAGGACAGAUAAUACAGAAGCUAUCGGGCAAUAUAUUGCAGCAGCAACAACAGCAGGGCAGCCUGUCCAGCUCUAGCAGCGCAGGCGAGUCCACAAAGCCUAUGAUGUUUGCAGGAAAUCGCAUGCGGCGACCAGAGGGCUGGCGUGAAUGGGAAGCAGUGCGUGCUCUGGCCUUGUGUCACAAUGUGACGCCGGUUAAUGAUGAAGAGGACAAUCGUUCAGUGUCCACCGCUUCGACAGUGACGGGCGGCAAUAAUUCACCCACCAAAUCUGUGAUAAACAUUGAGGCACCCGGCAGCACAGACACCGAGCAUCAGUAUCAGGCUGCUUCACCAGAUGAAAUCGCGCUGGUCAAGUGGACCGAGCAGGUGGGAUUAACGCUUAUUGCACGUGAUCUAAACACUAUGACGCUGCAGGUGAAGACCGCCAGCGAUGAGAAUGAUAUCUUGCUGCAGUAUCAGAUCUUGCAACUGUUUCCCUUCACCAGUGAGAGCAAGCGCAUGGGCAUUAUUGUGCGUGAAAACAAAUCGGGACAGAUUACAUUCUAUCUCAAGGGCGCCGAUGUGGUUAUGUCCACAAUAGUUCAAUACAACGACUGGCUGAGCGAGGAGUCGGGCAACAUGGCGCGCGAGGGACUGCGCACAUUGGUUGUGGCCAAGAAGGUGCUAACUGAGGAACAGUACAAUGACUUUGAAAUGCGCUACAAUGCGGCACGCCUCAGCAUAACCGAUCGCGUGUCCAAGGUCGCCGCUGUAGUGGAGUCGCUGGAGCGUGAAAUGGAGCUGCUUUGUCUCACAGGUGUGGAGGAUCGUCUGCAGGAGAAUGUGCGUCCCACACUGGAAUUGCUGCGCAAUGCAGGCGUGCGCGUCUGGAUGUUGACGGGCGAUAAGCUGGAGACCGCCUGCUGUAUUGCAAAAUCCUCGCAGCUGAUUGGACGCAAUCAGGGACUGCACGUGCUGCGUUCGGUCAAGACGCGCACAGAGGCACAUCAGGAGCUGAAUCAGUUUCGACGCAAGCAGGGACAUGCGCUGGUCAUCUCGGGUGAAUCGCUGGAGGUGUGUCUGCAGUAUUAUCGCAUAGAGUUUCUAGAGCUGGCCACUGCCUCACCCGCUGUGGUCUGCUGUCGCUGCUCGCCCACGCAAAAGGCGCAAGUGGUGGAGCUUAUACAGAAGCAUACGCGUAAGCGCACUUGCGCUGUGGGCGAUGGUGGCAAUGAUGUGAGCAUGAUACAGCAGGCGGAUGCCGGCGUGGGUAUUGAAGGACGCGAGGGACGACAGGCAUCGCUGGCUGGAGACUUUAGCAUUCCGCAGUUUUCACACAUUGCCAAGCUGCUGCUUAUACAUGGCCGACGCAGCUAUAAGCGCUCUGCAGCGCUCUCCCAAUUUGUUAUACAUCGCGGCUUGAUUAUAACAACGCUUCAGGCUGUAUUCUCGGCAGUGUUUUAUCUGAGCUCCGUGGCAUUGUAUCAGGGCUUUCUCAUGGUCGGCUACUCAACACUGUACACCAUGUUCCCAGUGUUUUCGCUGGUGCUGGAUCAGGAUAUUACUUCAGAGACGGCUGUUACGUAUCCAGAGCUUUACAAGGACCUCAGCAAGGGACGCAGUCUUAGCUAUAAGACCUUCUUCAUUUGGGUGCUGAUUAGUAUUUAUCAAGGCGGCGUCAUUAUGUAUGGCGCACUCAUACUUUUUGUCGAUGAGUUUAUACAUAUUGUGGCCAUAAGCUUCUCAGCGCUGAUUAUGACAGAGCUUAUUAUGGUGGCGCUAACAGUGCGCACCUGGCAUAGGCUCAUGGUCUUGGCGGAGUUGUUUAGCUUGGCACUCUAUCUCAUUUCGCUGGCUGUGCUGCAUGAGUAUUUCGACUGGGAGUUCAUCUGGUCGUAUGACUUCCUUUGGAAGGUUUCACUCAUCACGGUCGUCUCCUGCUUGCCGCUGUACAUUAUCAAGUUCUUACGCAAGAAGUGCUCGCCGCCUUCGUACUUGAAGCUCUCUUAGAUGCUGGCAAAGUAACUUUAUCUCUAUUAUUUCCUUUUUUAAUUAAAUAAGCACACAUUACUCGAGUUCUUUAAUUGCUUUUAUGUUUGUUUUUGUCCAAGCUAUGCCAACCACACAAAAAUCCUAUACGUGAUAUAUAUAAAGUGUAAUUAACUUAACCUUCGCCGUCGUCUCCUUUGUGUUGAUUAUUAUUUUUGUUUAUAGCCAUUGUUAAAAGUGAGAUGCUGCAGUUAAAAAGUGAAAGUGAUUAUGCGAAACAGAUAUGUAGGUAACGAUUUAAUGUUUAAGUCGCAGUAAACCAAAUUAUUUUAAUAAUUAUUUAAUAUUAAUGUUAAAGU